GAAGAAGAAACACCUUCCGUGCAGCAGAGGACAUCAAUCCAAACAGCUGCUAGCCAGAGUGUGCAAGGAAAAACUACAGAAGAAGGUUCGCGACGUGUGUCAAGGGCAGCAAAACGUGCUCAGGUAAAAGUAUUUGUGGAAGAGACCUUCAAAAAAGGUGUAAAAGGAUUAAUAGCGGAGUUUAAAUCAAUGAAACGGGUUAACGAUUUCACAAAGAUGACUGAGUUUGUUGCACAAAAUGCUGAAGGGAGGAAUCGAUACAAGGAUGUCGGCUGCCUUGACAACGAUCGCGUUAUUAUACGAAUAGGCCCUGUUUCAUAUAUUCACGCAAACUACGUUUCAUCACCGACAAAUCCAAAACGUUUCAUAUGUACUCAGGCUCCGCUACCAAAAACAUGUCCGGAUUUCUGGUACAUGGUAGUACAAGAGAAGUCUGUAGCCAUUCUUAUGUUAUGUAAUUUUAUAGAACAGAACGCAAAAAAAUGCGCCGAAUAUUUUCCAACCGAAGAGGACAGGCCAGUCAGUUUCGAAGGUGGUGUGACGGUUUCGUUGAAGAAACAGGAGCCGCUUCCGUUCCCAUUCGAAACUCGAAUCCAUAUACUUGUACGGAGCUUGGAAGUGAGUGUACCGGGCCAACCCCUCCACUUAUGUCAACACUAUCACUGGCAGGAUUGGCCGGAUCGUGGGGUGCCAGACGCAGAUCUGGCACCGAUUGUGCUGCUAUCAAGACUUAAAGAUAACACUGCUCCAAUUAUCGUUCAUUGCUCAGCUGGAAUUGGUCGUACUGGCUCUAUAGUGUUAAUUCAACACGCCAUGGAACUGUUGCAUUUACCAGCACCGUUACUUGAGAUCUCCACCUAUCUUGUAGAACUUCGUAAGCAACGAAACAACAGUAUACAGACUGAACACCAGUACCUGUAUAUACACCAAGUCUUGUUGCUUUAUUUAAAGAAGACCAAGUAUCUAGAUGAAAGCGUGACACCAUAUUUGGAGGCGUUCACACGGGAUUACAUCAAUGCCACAAAAGGUUUCUGA